GAAGUUGGACGAAUCCUGAAUUUACCACCCGGCGUUCCAGGAGGCAAUACCCAGUGGUCUGACCGUUGCUGUCCCUGUGGGUCCUGACCUGGGCCCUCCUGUUCCCUGGAGGAUCCGUCACUUGCUCUUCCGGAAUUAGAAACCACCGAGGGAUCUCUCCUCCCCGAGUCCUUGCAAGCCUUGCUCGUCUGGAGAGUAGCUCUUGGCCAAGAUUUGACAGCAGAGAGCCAUGGACCAGAACAGCGCAGGGGAGGAGGGUGCCCUUCCAUCCGAGAUACACCUCUCUUCAUUUUCUGAGAGUCAAGGACUCAACUGCAUCAAUGCCCUCAACCAGGAUCUGGGUCCCAGCUCCCGAGACCUGCUCUAUGCUGGCCUGAGUCGUUUGGACAUGGACCCCAGCCUCCCAGCACCCAAUGUGCCCAGCAAGGUGCUGGAGGACAACUUGGAUGCUUUCUCCCUGUACUCUGGGGAGGACCGUGACUCCGUGAAGCUGCUGGAGAAGUAUGCAGACCCAGCAUCUCAGGCUUCUUUACAGGACCUGAGGCUGGGCAAGCUUCCGGUCCCUAAAGAGGCUGACGAAGGAGGCAGGGCCACCUCCAGGAGCGCAGGGAAAGAAGAGCAGCAUCACACUUGGCCUCAGAAGCUGCUUCUGGAUUGCAGCGUCUGCGGGAAGGUUUUCAGCAGCACCAGCUCUCGGAGCAAGCACUACCUCACGCACAGCCAGGAACGGAAACACAUUUGCGGAAUCUGCAGCAAGGCCUUUAAGCGCAAGGACCACCUGACUAGGCACAUGCUCACCCACCAGAAGACCAAGCCCUUUGCGUGUAGGGAGCAGGGCUGCAGCAAGAGCUACUGUGAUGAUCGCUCCCUGCGCCAGCACUACGAGGUCCAGCACGGCUUGUGCGUCCUGAAGGAGGCCCCCCCUGAGGAAGAAGCCUGUGGGGACUCCUCUCCUGCCCACGAGGGGGCCGGCCAGCCUGCUGCGGAUGGCCUGCGGUCCCUGAUGCCUCCAGAAGCCAGGUCCUCAGGCCCCCUUUUGCCCAACCGAGAGCCCCUGCGCUCUAUUGUAAGCAGCAUGGUCCACCAGGAGAUCUCUUCUCUCGGCCCAGUCCUGGCCGGGCCCUCAGAUGACGGGGAAGGGAAAAACACAGCCUGUCCCUCCCCACCCUCACUGGGGCCUUACACCUGCACCCCAGCGGCCCCAGGGACCCUGGGCACUGAUGUUCCUGAGGAGUGUCAUCCCCUGUGGAAGGAGCCUGCCACUGGGUUCACAGCCAUUCACUCCAGGGUAGCAGAGGAUGGUGGUCCACACCCAGCUGAGUUGGAGCGGCCACCCCAGCAACUGCCCACCCUGGAGAGCUGGCAGGAGGCUGGGCCUUCGGUGGACCCCCCACAGGACUCAAAGCCCAAGCUGACGAUAUCCAACAGGAUCCAGGAUGGAAAUACCUACCGGCUCCCCGAUCCAGUGAAGGAGGAGAGCAUGGCAGCAGGCAGAUGUGACAAGUGGCUGUCACCUCAAAGGAAGCAGGACCAACAGGUGAAGGUGCGCGUGCAGGACAAGACAGACAGCGAGGAGAGUAGCCAGCCCAGAAAGCGGAGAAAGUGCCUGCGGCCCAAGGCAUCGUUCCUGCCUCCCGCUCCUUAUGCCUUUGGGGAGCCGGGCCCCGAAGGAGGCCACCAGAGCUGCCUGUGGUUUCCGGUGCUCCUGGUGGACCACUCCCUGCAGGGACUGUUCCAGUGGUCUCCCAGUAUGCUGCCCCUGGAUGAUUCUGACAAAGUCAUCGGCAGCAAGCUUGAUCAAGUGGAUGACUGUUUUGGCAUCUGUGCAAUCGAGAAUGACACCAAGCCCAGCAUUAGACCACACAUCAGGAUAGGAAGCGAGUUUCAGGCCGAGAUCCCGGAGCUCCAGGAGCGCCCUACGGCCGAGACCGGUGAAUAUGGAGCUUCUCUGGGAGCUGUGAGGGAGACAGGGACAAGGAGCCCCUCUGUGUGCUUUUGGGGACGUCUCCUCCCGGCAUUCACUGACUCCCUGUGUCUCCCCUUUCUCAUACUCUUCUGGGGACAUUUGCUGGGAACAGUUACUGAGCUCUGCAAGAUGGCGUCCAGCGCGAUGCCAGGAGGGGGCACCAACCUGGAGCUCGCUCUGCACUGCCUGCACGAGGCCCAGGGCGACGUCCCGGUGGCCCUAGAGACCCUGUUACACGGAGGACCCCAGAAGCCGCUGACUCACCCUCUUGCCAACUAUCACUACGCAGGUUCAGACGUCUGGACCUCCCAGGAGAAGAUUCUGUUUAAUAAGGCAUUCCAGGCUCAUAAGAAGAACUUCCACUUGAUACACAAGAUGGUAAGGUGUAUGUGGGUGGGCUGGUGUAGACAAGGCCUCGACUCACACCACUGAGCCGAGCUAGAGCUGGAGGGCCUAUCGGGGUGACACGCUGUUCACACUGUAAACAGUUGGUAAUUUAAAAAAGCCACUGAUGUGAACAACUCCAGACAGUACAGGAAUGCCAUCACGUGCUCAAAGCCCUCCGCACCCAUCCCCGUCGUCCUACUUCUGAAUGAUGACCUCUGAC